AGCGAAUCAACAAGUCUUCUGGCAACAUCUACGAGUCCGAGUACAAACGCCCCCAAACAUGUACAAGCUGUUCAUUUUGCUGUCACUGUGCGUGGCCAUCGCCUGUGCGGCGCCUGGCCUGCUGCAUGCAACGCCCAUCCUGGGCAGCGCCACGUCGUACCACAUCUUGCCGCAUCAGCAGCACCAGCAUGCGGUGCAUGUGGUGCGUCCAAUUUGGCCAACGCACCAAAUUGUGCGGCCCAUCAUUCAUGGCGGCGCAUAUGGUCACGGCCAUGGUCAUGGCUGGCUUUAGGCCUGAAGCUGGCGGCGGCAGCCUUAGAUGUGUCCAUCUGCAUGCCUGAAAUAAAAUAGUUUGAGCUUGAUUGAAAAAUAGCCGGCA